AUGGCGGCAGGGAAGGUGCGAGCGCUGCGGGGCUGGGCUGUCGCUGUCGCUGUCGCGGUCACAGCGCUGCUGGCCACAGGACAAGGAGCAGAGCAACCAGAAGUGGAGACCAAAUAUGGGAGAGUCCGAGGAUACCAGUUCGAAGUAGACGCAGCACAGAAGACUGUAAAUGUCUUUUUGGGACUUCCUUUUGCCAAGCCUCCAGUUGGAUCACUAAGGUUUUCUGCACCACAGCCACCCAAACCGUGGAAAGGUGUCAGAGAUGCCACUUCCUACCCACCAAUGUGCCUACAGGAUAAAGUACAAGGACAAUAUUUUUCGGACCUGAUUACUAAUAGAAAAGAGAAAGUCUCUCUCGAAACGUCUGAAGAUUGCUUAUACCUAAAUGUGUAUACACCCAUCUCUACAGAAACACAGCAGAAGCUGCCUGUGUUUGUAUGGAUACAUGGUGGUGGAUUAAUUUUUGGAGCAGCUUCAUCAUAUGAUGGUUCAGCACUAGCAGCCUUUGACAAUGUGGUAGUUGUAACAAUUCAGUACAGAUUAGGCAUUGUUGGAUAUUUUAGCACUGGUGAUGAGCAUGCCCGAGGUAACUGGGGAUAUUUAGAUCAAGUAGCAGCUCUUCAGUGGAUUCAGGAAAAUAUCAUGCACUUUGGAGGAGAUCCAGGAUCUGUCACUAUUGCUGGAGAAUCUGCAGGAGGAAUCAGUGUUUCUGCUCUUGUCUUAUCUCCCCUGGCAAAGGGCUUGUUCCACAAGGCCAUUUCAGAGAGUGGUACUGCAAUCUACAGUUUGUUCACUGAUCAGCCUAAGGAGGAAGAAAAAAGAAUUACUGCUGCCUCUGGCUGCAAAAAAUCCAGUUCAGCUGCAACAGUUGAAUGCUUGAGAGGAAAAACAGAAGAAGAGAUAGUACAGAUAACACUCCAAAUGGAUAUGACAGCACUGCCACUAUGCUACACUUCACGUGAGAAGUGUGAACAGCCUUCCUUUUUCAUCAGUGCAUGUGCAGAUGGUGUGUUUUUUCCAAAGAGUCCCAAGCAAUUACUAUCUGAAAAAUCCAUCCAUGCAGUCCCAUAUAUCAUAGGCGUAAAUAACUGUGAAUUUGGGUGGAUACUUCCUACGAUGAUGAAAUACCCUGCUUUUGUGGAUGGUCUGGAUAAAGAUGUUGCACAUCAAAUUUUACAGAGCUCUUUAGCAUUAGGAUUUAAGGAUGUUAAGUCUGAAGUUGUUGAUCAAAUAUACAACGAGUACAUGGGGCAUGCAGAGAACCCUGCUCAGGUGCGAGAUGGCCUCCUUGAUACCAUGGGAGACUUCAUUUUUGUUAUUGCAGCUGUUGAAGUGGCUCGAUACCACCGAGAUGCUGGCAACCCAGUCUACUUCUAUGAAUUUCAGCACCGACCAAGUGCAGCUGAUGGCUUCUUACCAGAGUUUGUCAAAGCAGAUCACGGAGCUGAGAUUCCCUUUGUCUUUGGAAAGCCAUUCUUAGCUGGGUAUGCUACAGAAGAAGAAAACAAACUUAGCAGAACUGUUAUGAAAUACUGGACUAACUUUGCUAGAAAUGGAAAUCCCAAUGGAGAAGGCUUGGUGCAUUGGCCUCAGUAUGAUCAGGAUGAAAGAUACUUGGAAAUAGACAUACAGCAAAAGGAAGCCAAGAAAUAUAAAGAACGCAAAAUGAAGUUUUGGACACAGCUCAUGCAACAAAUGGUGAAUGAAAGGAGAGAACACACAGAUUUAUAA